AUGGAACAGAAGUGGGGAACUACACAAGAGGAGAGACACCACGGAUCCAUGUCGAGGAUCUACAAAGAAAAUCGUAUAUAUUUUGCGGAAUUGUUGGAGUUCGAUCAGUGGGUCCGGGAGGUUGAACGCAAUGGGGGCCACUUGCCCACGAGGCAGGAGGUGCUCGAGAAGAGGGACGCCAUACAGAAGACGAGCACGUUUGUGUACUCGGCUGCCACCGUGAAGCAGAUGCUGCAGGAGAAGAAGUCGGCCACGUGGCGGCCACUGAACAUAGCCGCCGAGAAGGACCGGCUGAGGCGUGCACUGGAGAUCGCGAGGGAGAACGAGGACGAAGCCGAGGUGCGGAGGAUCAACGAGAGGCUGCGGGAGCUCGAGUUGCACCGGCGGACGCAGGAGAAGGACUCCAAGGCGGUGAAGCUGGCGGAAAUGAACCGGAAGAACCGGGUCGAGAACUUCAGGAAUGCAUCGGGGCUGAAGCCCGUCAACACGGGCCUGAAGGCGGGUGAGGCCGGGUACGACCCGUUUUCGAGGAGGUGGACCCGGUCGAGGAACUAUUACGUGGCCAACGGCGGCGGCGGUGGAGGAGGGGAUGCAGCGGCUGGGGUCGUGGCCACGGCCGCCAGUGGCGGCAGUGGUGGUGGGGUUAGGAUUUCGGCAGAGGUGGGAAUGGCGGCAACUGAGGCGGCUCUGGAGGCUGCUGCCGGUGCGGGGAAGCUGGUGGACACGAAUGCACCGGUGGAUCACGGGACCGAGUCGAACCUGCUUCACAAUUUCGAGCUGCCCAUCUCGCUGGCGGCGCUGCAGAAGUUUGGCGGGCCUCAGGGGGCCCAGGCGGGGUACAUGGCCAGGAAGCAGAGGAUUGAGGCUAUAUAUGGGGUGAAGGUGCCGGAGAACGACGGGAGGAGGCAUGCGCUGACACUGACCGUCAGUGAUUAUAAGAGAAGGAGGGGCCUUCUCUGA